AUUUGGGAGCGUUCUUAACAAAGUUAUCUAAACAAACAAGUGAAUGGAAAGCAACUGAUUGGGAUGUAAAUCCUGUGCUUAAUAUGAUUUCUAUUGUAGUUAGAAACAAUCCUAAUUCCGUAAAGGAUAUAAUAACAUCUAUUAAAGGCUUUUUGAAGUAUACAAUCAAUAAAUGUGCUGUAACCGUCGAAUCAUUUAUAAAACUAAUGGCAUCUUACAAGGCAGUAGUCGAAAUCAUUUCUCCCGAUGAUGUCAAAACUAAUGCUUUUGGAGAAGUUAUCCUUGAAGAACUCAAAACCUCUCUCCGUGGGACUAGAAUAAGGAUGAGUAGAGAUACUUUGAUGACUUUAUUGCAGGAUAUCGAACAAAAGUUUGGUGAUUCAAAAAUUUCACAACAUUCUUAUUUUUCAAAUGUUUCGGAUAAUUUGUUUGAUGAUUGUGUAAACUUUUUGGAGAGUCCUCCCGCAACAAAACAAUAUUCAGAAAAAGAAUUUAAAGUUGGAGUGUGCAUAAGUCAAUUGGCAGUUGCCAUGUGUAAUCAAAA